AUGGAUCAAACCACACAAGACCUCCACAAGAACUACGAGCCUCACCCAAACCCUCACAAGCUCGCCGGCGACGACGCCGAUCCACGUAACGUUUCCAAGAAUGUCGACUACGAACCACAUCCAGAGCGCUCAGUGUCCAUCUCGCCCGAGCACAAGAAGAUAGUCGACACCAUAACGCGGCUAUACUGCGGCAGCGCCAGUGAGGAUGACAUGCAAGUUUAUGCGGCCAAAGCCAUCUACGACGACCCUCUUUCGUAUUGCGAUACCCGCUACAAGAUUGCCGGUCAGUGGUACGGCUUGCCCAAGAUCUUUGCGAGUCUGCGUACCAUAAAGACCGAAGUAGUCAAGGACACCCCCGAGGAAAUCGUGUUCAAGCUGAGACAAGAGUAUACGCCGCGGGUCACACAUACGAGUAAGACGGUGGACAGCCUGGUGAGUCUCGGCCUGGACGAGGAAGGCAAGGUCAGAUAUCACAAAGACAUGUGGAACGAGAAAGACUACAGCCACGAAGGAUUCGGCAAACUUAUCAAGAAACUGAAUGGCGAUUAUCUGACAACGAUCACGCAGCCUCCCAAACGGUUAGAUGAGUAA